CUAUGAGAUAUCGUUUAAAAAAGAAAAAAAAAAGUUAGAAAGUGGACAAAAAUUUCCUCCAUUUAAGACACAAUAGAGAAACUUGAAGAAAGUAGAUCUUCACGCCUAAGUAUGGAGUCUCAGAGCCAAGCUUCUCCCAGCAUUGAUAACAAGCCAAACUGCAAGUGCCCAGAUGGAUGGACAUGCACCAUCACCAAAACUGAGCCAUCUAAGAUUGGUAAACCAUUCGCAAUAUGUGAUGGCAGUGGUUGCACCUGUGUCACGUACGUAUUAACUCAGACAGUGGAGAGCUCUGCGAUUGCAGCAGCCAAAGCAUUCUGUGAGUGUGCUGAAGGUUGGUCUUGUGUUGUAUCCAAAUUUACUGAAGACUCUGAAGCCGGAAAGACCUACUUUGAGUGUGGCGAAGGUUGCAUAUGUGUCAUAGAUGAAACAAACAACGUGAAAGUUGUGUGUGCUUGAGUUGCACCAUGUGGUUGAUCUAAGUGAACAAAGGGAAGAAGGAACCAAAAAAGACUACACAAAUAUUAUUAUGUUUUUCCUAAAGUAAGCUCUGUGUGUCGUGUAAAAAGUAUGUGAAGUUUGUGGUUAAUUAGCUGCAGUAAUCAUCGCGCGUGUGUGUGUGAGACAAAAGAUUCUUUAAUUGGCUUUCGAGAGGUUGAGGAGGAAAGUGAUGGUCUUUCCCAUGCAUAAUAUGGGACCUAGGAGUGGAUUUCUUUUGUGGGUUGACGAGGCUGAAAAUCAUGUGCAUGAUGUUGAAGUCCAAAAUCAAACCUUGAGGGAAGUGGUAAUCCAAAAUUAGGGCCUGAAGAUUUGCUUGAAGGAGGUGGUAAGCCAAAAAUCGAAAGAUGAAGAUUUACUUACUGCUCAAUUGGGGUUUGUUUUUAGGCAUAAUUGUUUACAAGCUGUAAUUUGAUGUGUUAGAACUGAAUUUGUUAUGGAUUUUUUGGUUAUGCAAAAUGUUACGUAACAAGGAUUGAAACAGGCUACUAAAGGUAGAGUGUAACACC